AUGGAAUCAUCUUAAAACGCAUAUACCACAAAAAAAUAAAAAAAUAAAACUUUCUAUCUACUUUUAAUCCUUCAAUCUCUCUACUCCACCUUCCAUUCUCACUCUGUCACUCACCUCUCUCCUUCACAAUUCACACACUCAGAAGCUAUGACUGAACAAGAUGGAGGUAAUGGGUCUCAGAAAUCUUCAUCUUUGACUUCCUCCUAUGAAGAAGCAUUAGAGGCUUUGUCGUCUUUGAUCAUUAGACGCACUCGUGCUGAUGGUAGCAAUUUCGGUGAUCAAUUUGAUGUUCUUUUUGAGUACAUUAAGAUGCUAGAUUUGGAGGAGCAGAUUUCAAAUAUGAAGAUUAUCCAUGUGGCUGGUACCAAAGGGAAGGGAUCUACGUGUACCUUCACAGAAUCUAUAUUACGCAACUGUGGUUUUCGUACUGGACUUUUUACGUCUCCUCACCUCAUUGAUAUCCGAGAAAGAUUUCGUUUAAAUGGUAUAGAAAUCUCUCAAGAGAAAUUCUUAGCAUACUUCUGGUGGUGUUAUGAUAGACUAAAGGAAAAAACUGAUGAUAAUAUUCCAAUGCCUAACUAUUUCCGUUUCCUCGCUUUACUUGCCUUCAAAAUAUUUGCAGCGGAGCAGGUAGAUGUGGCUAUCAUGGAGGUUGGAUUAGGUGGAAAAUAUGAUGCAACAAAUGUGGUUAAGGCACCUAUAGUGUGUGGAAUAACCUCCCUUGGGUAUGACCACAUGGAGAUUCUUGGAAAUACUCUUGGAGAAAUUGCUGGUGAGAAGGCUGGUAUCUUUAAGGAUCGGAUUCCGGCUUUUACAGUGACACAACCGGAAGAAGCCAAGCAUGUACUUGAAGAGAAGGCUUCUAAAUUAAAUGUAUCGCUUCAAGUGGCGCCUCCGUUAGAUGCCAAGUUACUAAACGGCUUAACACUUGGUCUUGAAGGUGAGCAUCAGUAUUUAAAUGCCGGUCUUGCCAUUGCACUGUGCUCUACUUGGCUGAAAAGGACGGGGCAUCUUGGAGACACGGACUUGGAACGAACGGACACUUUGCCAGAACAGUUCAUAAAAGGGUUAACAAGUGCAAGUUUGCAAGGAAGGGCUCAGAUUGUUGCUGACACACACUUCAAGAGUGAACAAUCAAAUGAGCUUGUUUUCUAUUUAGACGGGGCUCAUAGUCCUGAAAGCAUGGAAGUGUGUGCAAGGUGGUUUUCUCUUGCUAUCAAAGAAAACAACGCGGACCAAACGUUGUUUCAUCGGCAACUUGAUAAUCCUAAGUCGUCUCAUGAGAUAGUGAAAAUGCAACAUGCAGAAAGAGGACUCCGGAGAAAAUCCACUCCGAUAUUGCUGUUCAACUGCUUAACUGUACGAGAUCCUCAGUUGCUUCUUCCUCGGCUGAUGGAAACAUGCGCUGGUCACGGAGUUUAUUUCAAGAAGGCGCUCUUUGUACCAAGUUUAUCUGUGUACAACAAAGUUGGAUCCCAAGCAUCAACAACACUAACUGAUUCUAAAGUCGAUCUGUCGUGGCAGUUCGAUCUUCAAAGAGCGUGGGAAAAUCUCAUGCAAGGAAAUAAAGGUAAAAUUACUGACACUAUUUCUGAAGAACUAAAAGAUGAUAUGGAAAUGAGCGACAGUAAUUGUGAACACAGCGCCGUGUUUUCGUCAUUGCCAGUUGCAAUCAAAUGGCUAAGAGACAGAAGUCAACAAAAUCAGUCGGUUCGUUUUCAGGUUCUUGUGACCGGCUCUUUACAUCUUGUUGGCGAUGUUUUGAAAUUAGUCAAGAAGUAAAUUUGCUGUCAAAUAUGAGUUUCGAUUCUAAUUUCCAAACACAACUCAAUUGCUGAUAUUCAUGACCUUAUUUCAUGCCAUGAGCUUUCUCAACCCAACAGCUAUGGACUCCAUUGAUUCAUGACCUUAGGAUGGUGACAUUCUAUAGAGCAAAUUUUGAUUAACUUCAAAUGUAUUGUAAUAAUUGUUGUUCAGAUUAUAUCUAAAAAUAAAGACUUAAAGCCAAAACUCAAAUUUAUUUGAUUUGA